AUGCAUAUAUUACAAGUUACGAAUUUAUUACAACUUGAAAAAGCAUUAGAAAUUUUAAAUGAAUGGGACCAACGCGCGGCUUUGAUCUGGUCGGAAGCUGAGCAAUGUGUCAUAUCAAUAUUUACUCUUACUGAUUUGUUGAUGUACAUACUUUCGGGCGAAUUUAAUAAAAUGUCAACCAUAUAUCAAGCCUUAUCAGGAAAUAAAUUGAUAACGCUAAGUGCUUCUUGCAAAUUAUUAGAGGCAUGUGAAGAAUUUUGCACAAAUCAAAUCCAUCGGAUAGCAAUAACAGAACCAUCGGGAGAUAUUCUUUACCUGUUGGACUUGAAAAGAAUUUUAGAAACCGUUCACAAACAAGUUUGCCUUUUUUAA